AUGUUCCCGAAAUUAUAGAAUCCAAUUUAUGAUAUGGAUUUAACCAAAAAAAAUAAAUAUCAAAAAGAUCUUAUGUUUCUGGACCUUUAAGGACUAAAAAUAUAGAGACCUGCUCAACCACUUUUUAGUCAGCAAAUAACUGAGAAAAAUUAACAAAAAGUUGACCCUUUGAUAAUAAGAUUAAAACAUGAAAGAUUUUAUCAUAGUUCUGUGCCAUCUUUGCCACCUUUAUACAUAAUUAGACCCAUUAGAAAGGAAACAAAGGAUCGAGCUUAUAUUAAAGCAUAAUUUAUAAAAAAUCAGUUUGAAAAUUAUGAAAAGCUACUUUAAAACUGA